AUGGCAGUCUAUAGAAUUGCAAUUGGGUCCCCCAGAGAGGCCAGCAACCCUGCUGCCAUCAGAGCAGCAUUUGCUGAGUUCUUCUCCACGCUCAUUUUUGUUUUUGCAGGGCAAGGCUCUGGCAUGGCCUAUAGCAAACUUACAGGUAAUGGACCUGCAACACCUGAGGGUCUCUUAAUUGCAUCAGUGUCUCAUGCAUUUGGGCUUUUUGUGGCGGUUUCUGUGGGGGCAAAUAUUUCUGGUGGUCAUGUGAACCCUGCAGUCACAUUUGGUGCUUUCAUACGAGGAAACAUAACCCUCUUGAGAAGUAUUUUGUAUUGGAUUGCACAGUUACUUGGUUCAGUUGUUGCUUGCAUUCUUCUCAACUUUGCUUCUGGUGGAAUGGAAACAACAGGUUUUUCUCUCUCAUCUGGUGUCUCAGUGUGGAAUGCAGUGGUUUUUGAGACUGUGAUGACUUUUGGUUUGGUGUACACAGUUUAUGCCACAGCAGUGGAUCCAAAGAAAGGGAAUGUGGGUGUUAUUGCCCCACUAGCAAUUGGGCUUAUUGUAGGUGCCAACAUCUUGGUUGGUGGGCCUUUUGAUGGAGCAUCAAUGAACCCAGCUGUCUCAUUUGGGCCAGCUCUUGUUAGCUGGUCAUGGACCCAUCACUGGGUUUACUGGUUUGGCCCAUUCUUUGGUUCAGCUGCUGCUGCCAUCCUCUAUGAUAACAUCUUUAUUGGUGAUGAUGGUCAUGAAACCCUUAUAAGUAGUGAUUUCUAG